AUGGCAUAUGGUUGUCCGGCUGAUGCGGUUGAUGAAUAUCUCCGUCUAGGUGCAAGUGCGGCAUUGUUAUGCUUGAAAAAUUUCACUGAAGGAAUAAUUCAAUUGUUCGGAGAUGAGUACCUAAGAAGACCCACGCCCGCAGAUCUUCAACGAUUACUCAACGAUGGAGAGAGACGGGGAUUUCCCGGGAUGAUGGGAAGCAUAGAUUGCAUGCAUUGGGAGUGGAAAAAUUGCCCUACCGCUUGGAAAGGGCAAUAUACACGUGGUUCUGGAAAACCGACAAUUGUCUUAGAGGCGGUAGCAUCACAAGAUCUUUGGAUAUGGCACGCACUUUUUGGACCUCCAGAUACCCUAAACGAUAUUAACGUACUUGAACGUUCACCUGUAUUUGAUGAUAUUUUACAAGGUCGAGCUCCUAAAGUUCAAUACUGGGUUAACGGACACAAGUAUAAGAUGAGAUACUACCUCACCGACGGUAUUUAUCCCAAAUGGGCAGCUUUUAUACCAACUAUUCCAUUGCCUCAAGAUGAUAAAGCAUCAUUAUUUGCCACUACCCAAGAAUCUGCCCUAAAAGAUGUCGAGCGUGCUUUUGGAGUUCUACAAGCUCGUAUUGCAAUUGUAAGAAAUCCAGCACUUUUCUGGGAUAAGGAAAAGAUUGGCAAUAUUAUGUGUGCAUCUAUCAUAUUGCAUAAUAUGAUAGUAGAAAAUGAACGGAAUGAGUACACUCAGUAUAACAUAGAAGAAUUCCAACCAGGGGAGUCAAGCAGAACUUCGCAAGUAGACAAUGACUACUCUACAGAGACAUCGUCAAACAUCGGAAACCUUAUCGGGAUAAGAAAUCAAAUCCGUGAUCCACAAAUACAUGAACGCUUGAAGAAAGACUUAGUUGAAAAUAUAUGGAACAAAUUUGGCAAUUCUCAAGAGUAA